CCUUGAGAUAGUAGUCCAUCACGUGACGCAGGGUGAGCGUUGCUGACCAUGACGGAUCGUAAUCAUAUCUGAUUGUCAUAUCUGAUCAUUCACGCGCGUCACCAGCGAUGGUCAGUUUUCAACCCCGGAGACGGCGAUGGAGUUAGCGGCGGAGAUAAGAUCAGUGGCAGGGUCCUGAGACUCGAUAUCCACCGCAAUCGCCGACUGCCUGUAUAUCUUAUAUCAAUGAGUGCGCCUCUCCCAUUCCUACACCGACAAUGACGGCUCCCGGGAAAUUGCCGACCCGUCCGCUGGGCAGACACGGGCCUCUGCUUCCUCGCAUAGGGUUGGGGCUGAUGGGCGCCAGCGGCGUGUACGGUAUGCCGCUGGAUGAUGACAGAAUUCUCAACUUGCUGGACGAGGCAUACGCCCGAGGUGAGACGUUUUGGGACACCGCCGAUAAAUACGGCGCGUCUGAAGAGAUCCUCGGGAAAUGGUUCGCCGCGAACCCGGAAAAGCGCCAGCAUGUCUUCCUGGCCACCAAAUUCGGGAUUCGCCCCUCCUCCGAAUCCCCGCACGGAUACAAGAUGGACUCGACGCCCGAGUACUGUCGCCAGUCGCUGGAACGAUCGUUGAAACGCCUGGAUCUGCCCUAUGUGGACUUGUACUACGUCCAUCGCUUGGACAAGAUCACCCCCAUCGAGAAGACGAUGGCAGCCCUGGUGCAGUUGAAGCAGGAGGGGAAGAUCCGGUUCAUCGGGCUGAGCGAGUGCAGUGCCGAGUCAUUGCGCCGGGCACAUGCAGUGCACCCCAUCACCUGUGUGCAGGUGGAGUACAGCCUAUUUUGCUUGGCCAUCGAGUCUCCUGCGAUUCGACUCCUGGAGACCGCACGGGAGUUGGGGGUGGGGAUCGUAGCCUACAGCCCCCUCGGAAAUGGGCUGUUGGGCGGAAAUCUGCGUUCCCGCCAGGAUGUCAGUCGGCCCGGCGAUUCACGGGGAGUUUUGCCGUGGCUGCAUGAGAAGAACAUCGGCAAGAACCUGGCGGUUGUGGACAGAAUCGCCGACAUGGCCAGACAGAAGGGUAUCACGGCUGCGCAACUGGCGCUGGCCUGGAUCUUCGCGCAGGGCGACGACAUUUUCGCCAUCCCAGGCACCACGAAAAUCGAGCGAUUGGCGGAGAACCUGGGAUGUGUCUCAAUUUCUCUUGCGGGGGAUGAGGAGCGCGCACUCCGCUUGUUGGUUAAAGAGGUUGCUGGGAUUCGGUUUCAAGCGCUGACAGGAUAUGACUUUGCGAAUACCCCGCCGCUGGAGCCCUCCCCGUCUGCAAAGAAGGACUAGAGUAAAUAAGAGAUCAUCUAA